ACUACAUACAAAUACUAAGUAUGUAUCCUAAUACCUCUCUACAUUUAUACAACUAAAUGCAAUUGAUACAGGUACACAAUCACAUACGUUUUGCACUUACAAACAUAUCCACAUACCUUUCUCUCCGUCAGAUGACAUACCAUAUAUGCGCAUUGUCAUAUUGUCAAGGUGCUGACGGUCGCGUUGAAGUUCUUUAGACGUGUGUAACUUAUUCAUAUUCGUCGUCAUCUACCUAUCUUUUACGCGACGAAUAACUCCGCCUAUUCAUAUAUUCAUAUUUUCGUACAUUCACAUAUCACCGCCGUUUUAUCGCAAACUUGAAAAGUUGUACCAUUGAAGUUCCUUCGGCGUCUCCAACUUUAUAUCCGACGCGUCGGCACGCGUCUUUGUUCCCCAUUCCGGUCUCCCAUCCAUGAGGCCUGCUUCGAAGCCUAUUGAAUCCGAAUCGCGGCAAGAUUACUGACCUUGACCGUCAGUUUCACAGAGGUCGGCGGCGGAGGAAGAGGAGGAGAAGCAGUGGGAAGGCUUGACGAAUAGGCGCGGUCUCGCCCUCGGCUUGGGACUCCGCCCGUAUCCGAACUACCUACGCACUCGGAUCUUUACAGCGCGAUGACGCCUAUACGAGGUCUUUGUAUAACAAUCCUAUAGGUUAACCUCGCUUCUCACGUCACAAAAUGCCGAUACUUGAGGUCAAACCCACGUCUUCGGAACUCCUCCAAUAUGUCGCCGACUCUCUCGGGAAAGCAAGAAAAGUGGUCAUAAUUACCGGCGCUGGAAUAAGCACCAAUUCUGGCAUUCCUGACUUCCGGUCGGAAAAUGGGCUCUACUCGCUCAUCCAAGCCCAAUUCGAGCGAGCAGAAGCCGGUCGCAGUAAGGAUUCCGAGACCCAGACCGUAGAUUUCCCCGCAAGCGAACGUCCUACGAAGAGAAGAAGAAUAUCACACGCGGAACGCAACGAGGCUCCGGAAACUCCAACGGCUUCAGAUGGUUACAAGAGUCAAGAUGGGAUAAAUAUCUCGAUCAACAGCGGCGAUGUUGUAGAUACUGUGAAUCCAGCUUCAACAAAUGACAAUAUUGCGAAGCAAGGAACCACCUCUUCAACUUCCAUACUGCCAUUAUCACGACUUACUCGAUCACAAUCGUCACUACGGCCGCCUUUACCUCGACACCUCACUCAAUCUUCCGCACGAUCUUCUAUUAGCCAAGAAUCGCUAUUCUCAGCUCCUCAACCCUCAAGCGCCUCAACUUCAUCCCAAACGGAUGACUCGUCUACCUACGUGGCAGAACGUGUCGGUGGUUUCCAAAUAAAGUCCGCAACCCCAAGAGGCCUCUUAAGCGAGACAUUCGCCUCCUCUCCAUUAUCUUCUCCACCACCCAUCUUAUUUGAUCCUUACGAGAACGCGAAUUCGACUACGGAUGGCAGUUCGCAUACGGGCGUUGAAUGUUCCGACACGUCCGACUCUGAGGAUACACAAAACUCCUUGGAUUUACUUUCUUCCCAGACAUCCAACUCUAGCUUACGUAAUAUGAAAGGCCGCGACCUCUUCGAUUGUAACAUCUGGGCCGAUCCACUGAAGACCUCCGUGUUCUACCGAUUUGCUACUACGUUAAGGCAAAAAGUAAAAGAAGUUGAACCGACCGCAACACAUCGCUUCAUCGCCCAGCUGCGUGACGUUGGGAAGUUGGCAAGGGUGUAUACGCAGAACAUAGAUGAAAUCGAGAAGAAGAUCGGCCUUUCCACCGAUUUGAAAAGCGGCGCAGGAAAUCGGAGAAGAAAGUCAACUAAGCAGCAACUCAUAGACUCGGAGAAAGAGUCUAAGGAAAAUAUGGACUUGGUUAAGAAUGAAGAGGAUCCCAAUUGCUUAGAUACUAAGCAACAACCCUCAAACUCGGAGAACUCUAGUCGAAACAAUCCACGAAUAAUCACCACUCAGGACAGAGGCGUCGAGUGUGUAUUCCUCCAUGGUUCUCUACAUGCCCUCCGCUGUUUUGUGUGCGGAAAACUCUGUGAUUGGGAUGAGGCUGGCAGGGAAUCUUGUACAAUGCUAGGCGAACAACCUGAAUGUCCGCAUUGUGCAGGAGCAACCGCCGCACGUCAAGAAAAGGGGAAGAGGGCUUUGGGAAUUGGCAAGCUUCGUCCAGACAUUGUCCUCUACGGCGAAGAACAUCCUCAAUCCGACCUUAUAUCCCCUAUCGUUCAACAUGACCUUUCCGCUGGCCCCGAUCUUCUCCUAGUCCUAGGCACAAGCCUCAGGGUACACGGACUCAAGGUGAUGGUGAAGGAAUUUGCUAAGGCCGUACAUAAUAAGGGAGGCAAGGUUAUCUUCAUCAACCUAACAAAGCCAUCUGAGAGCGUCUGGGGCGACAUAUUAGAUUAUUGGAUUGAGUGGGACUGCGAUGCCUGGGUUGACGACCUGAAAUAUAGAAAGCCUCAUCUUUGGCUUUCGCCGGACGAGAUUAUAGAGUAUGAAAAACAGAAGCGCGAAACAUUAGCCGAAAAGAAGAGGGAGAAUAUGUCUAAGAAGCGUGAAAGUAUCGCUGAGAGAAAGCGUGAGAGCCUGGGCGAGAAGAGGCGACAUACCAUCGAAGGGGAUAAACUUCGGCCGCCACCGAAGAACCCAUCCUCCAUGAGAAACGAUUACCAAUGCGGCGCGUAUGUAGUCUGGGAGAUUUUUCAAGCUCUGGCUAAGAUUAGUGAUCGCCCUUUCGAUAAUCUCGGAUAUACACCACCUCGGAUACCUCCUCCCGCUGCUCCACCUCCGGGUCCGAAUCCCGCGGCGGGAUCUUUGGCUCGUGUGGCCGUGAAGGCGAAGAAAGCAAGGAAAUCUGCCCCAGCAGCUCUCGUUGCUUCUUCCGAUCCGGGAAUCAAGGCUAAAUCUGCCACUCCCAGAACCAAGUUGCCUACCCUAAGCAGCCGGAGCCAGUACGCCAAAGCUGCUCAAGAGCUUGCGCGCUCCAGUAAACCGUCAACACCAGUCAGGUUAGCCGAACUAAACGGGCUUCCACGACCACACGAAAAGAGUAGAACACCCCCAUACGUCGCACCUAGUUCCAUUACUGCUGCCGUCAAGAUCAAUCCGCGUCGGCGGAAGCGGAAGAUGAUCGAGGGUGUCCCAGUCGGCGGUAUACUUCCACGGGCCCAGAAGCCAGCGUUACCGCUUCCCCCUGUCACCAAUAUCAGGAAAGGAGUUAAGAUCAUACCUAAGAAAGAACCAGCUAUAUCCACUGCGAGCGAUAUACUUUCCCCGAAAGGUCCGAUUUUACCCCCUUUUCAUCCUGGAUGGGAACGUUCACCCCCAGCAAGGAUUGAACCACUAGAACCGAACCUAAAUGUAUCGCCGCCGAGCCCUCUAGCCGAUAUACCUCAAGUAGCACGGCCGCAGGUCUUCAGUCUACGUCAAGCUACUCAUCCAAUGAUUUUCAGUGACCCGCUCAUAAAGUUACAGUAUGAAGGUACAAAUUAUAGAAGACCGCCUCAAGGGACGUCCAUUCAUGAUAAAACCCCUAGCCCGUCAGACCAACUCCGAUGGGAAUUAGCUCAACAAGAGGCACUAGAAGGGGCCCAGGCACUUGAAGGGCUAAGGCGCUCUAGAUGAGACGACGUUCUAGCUCUGGGCUAGCCUUUUUUGUUUUGAUAGAAUUAUACUUAUGUCUAGUAGAAUACUUUAAAUAUUCAGCCCAUUACUAUACCCUUUUUCUACCGCCAGUAACCGUCACUCGCUAGUUCGGUGAGUGUCCAGAA